AAAGACAUGAACAUCUUGGAUGACAUGGGGGUGAGUAAAUUAUCAGGAAAAGUUUAUUUAAAAGUGGGCUAAUCCUUUAAUGUUUAAUUCCACAAGUAGUGUCCAGUUAUCGUCAUCUCCUACAUAUUUAGGGUUGCAUAAUUCUGGAAAUUUUCAAAGUUGGAAACUUUCCAUGGGAAUUAACUGGAAAUUUUGCAGGUUAGCCUAUAACAGGGAACUUAAAUGUAGUUGAAAAAAAAACAUCUAGCAGUAUAACCUUGGUUCAAACAACCAGAUUUAAUGCAAAUUCAGCCGAAUUUCCCAUUUCUCAAUCACAUGCAAACUACUCACUGCAGGGCUGUUGAGGCCACGCCCCCUGCAUGCCCUGUGCAUUCCUCCAUCACAUGCACAGACCAUUUCUAGAAUCCUGCUCACUACAGCAGGACUAUUGAAACCACACUGCUUCAUUUGAGCCCAAGGACUACAUCCAGUCAAAGCAAUGCCACGUGCACCAUCUGAUGUUUGGAUACAUUUCACCUCAGCCAUUGUAGAAGGAAAGGCUGUGUACAUGUGCAUAUACUGUGCAAAGACCUAUGUUAAUAAGAAUGCCACAAAGAUGCAGCAGCAUAUAGCCAAGUGCCCAAAGUUUCCCAGUGGCUCAAAACAAGCAACCCCAGUUGUUGCUCAACCUGUGAGGAAGAAGGCCAAAAAACAUUUCAUUUCUGACUCCAUAAGAGAUCAAGACCCUCUCCAUGUGCAGAACCAGAGGGAGUACGAGGAACGGUUGCGAAGGGAAGCCAGAGAAGAACAGAAGGAGGAACAGGCGAGUCUGAUGACCAUGUGGAAAGAGAUGAUGGAGUUUCAAGGAAACCUCUUAAGGGAAUUUAUCCACCGGCCGUCCCUGCCUACAUCUCUGCCUUCACAUCCAUCUUACUACACACACGCUCAUCACAACCAAGGACACUCUACUUUUCCCAGCACUAGCUACAUGACGCUGUACGCCUCGCCAGGAGCUGAAACCGAGAAUGAAAGUGCAAUCUCACAGGAGGAAGAUGAGGAGGAGGAAGAGGAGAAAUACGUUAUUCCAGCUGAGAUUGCACCGGUGUUGGACACUCAGCCUGUUAACAGUGCAAACGACAGCCAAUCAAACACCGCAGAGACCGUUUCACCCCCACCUACGCAAUCAGCAGGAAAGAAAGAUCUGGAGAUGUCUGUGCUGCGCAGACAGGAAAGAGUCCUAGAGCUUCAGGAAGAGUACUAUUCACUCAAAAUCAAGUAUCUGAAAGACAAGAUGGCCAAGGAUUCAGGACGGAACGAUAAAGAGGAGUGUUAACUGUUUGUUUGAUUGGCCAAAAAGCUUGCUUUGCAAAAGUAGAUGUUCUCAGCUGGACUGUGGAGAAUAUAGUUGUAUAUUACUGUGUCUGAGUACUAAAGUGCGCCUCAUGUUCCUUUACACAUUUGUAAUCCAUAUUAUAUAUUUUGGCCUGUAAAUGGCAAGGUGGUUACUUGUUUCCGGUGUUGUCACUAGACGUAUCUAAGAGAGAUUUACAGGCAGGGCUUGUUUUUCUUUCUUUCUUUCUUUCUUUCUUUCUUUCUUUAACAUAUUUAUAUUUAUAUACAUUUAUUCACUGAAUAAAUGGCAGUUUACUACCA